CACUGCGUCCUCCCGCCCUCCCGCCCGCCGGCGCCGCCGCUGCCCUUCCUCAGCCCGCGGGCCGCGCCCAGGACCAGGAGGCAGCACCCGGGCCCGCCCGAAGGGGAGGUUUGUCCAGUUCAUAUUGUGACUGCCACGUAUAUUCAGAAUACCAACCAGGCUGUAACAUUAGGAUAUUACAGUUUCUAAGCUAGGAUGCCUUUCAAAAACGGGGUGGAAUUAACUGAGUUGCAGAAUAUGAAGGUCCCUGAAGAUGAUAACAUCAGCAAUGAUUCAAAUGAUUUUACAGAGGUAGAAAAUGGCCAGAUAAAUAGCAAGUUUAUUUCAGACCGGGAAAGCAGGAGAAGUCUGACAAACAGCCACUUGGAAAAAAAGAAGUGCGAUGAAUAUAUUCCAGGAACAACCUCAUUGGGAAUGUCCGUCUUUAAUCUCAGCAAUGCCAUUAUGGGCAGUGGGAUUUUAGGCCUUGCCUUUGCAUUGGCCAACACAGGAAUCCUCCUUUUUCUGGUGCUUUUGAUUUCAGUGACAUUGCUGUCUAUUUAUUCAAUAAAUCUCCUGUUGAUAUGUGCAAAGGAAACAGGCUGCAUGGUGUAUGAAAAGCUGGGUGAGCAGGUCUUUGGCAUUCCAGGAAAAAUUAUUGUUUUUGGAUCCACUUCUCUCCAGAACAUUGGAGCAAUGCUCAGCUAUCUUUUCAUAGUAAAAAUUGAACUGCCCUCUGCCUUAAAGUUUCUAAUGGGAGAAGAAGAAACAUUUUGGGCAUGGUACCUGGAUGGGAGAGUUCUUGUUGUAGCUGUGACAUUUGGUAUAAUCCUUCCCUUGUGUUUGCUUAAGAAUUUAGGUUAUCUUGGAUAUACAAGUGGAUUUUCCCUAAGUUGCAUGGUUUUUUUCCUUGUAGUGGUUAUCUAUAAGAAGUUUCAAAUACUCUGUCCCAUAAUGGAGACAAAUACAACAACAAUUAUCCCAUCAAAUUUUAGCUCAGCACCUGAGUAUGGGUGUAAGCCAAAGUAUGCUAUCCUUAAUUCCAAGACUGUUUAUGCUUUGCCCACCAUUGCUUUUGCAUUUGUGUGCCACCCAUCCGUCCUUCCGAUUUACAGUGAACUUAAAGACCGCUCGCAGAAGAAAAUGCAGAUGGUUUCAAACAUCUCCUUUUUUUCCAUGUUCAUUAUGUACUUUCUGACCGCCAUUUUUGGCUAUUUGACUUUCUCUGACACUGUGGGGUCAAAUCUGCUUCACAAGUACCAAAGUAAAGGUGAUGUCCUCAUUCUGACAGUGCGAGUGGCUGUAAUUGUUGCAGUAAUACUUACUGUUCCAGUGCUUUUCUUCACUGUGCGUUCUUCUUUAUUUGAGCUAGCUAAAAAAACCAAGAUUGAAUUACGCCAUCAUGUGCUGGUUACUCUUGUCCUGUUGGUUAUUAUUAAUAUGCUAGUAAUUUUUAUUCCAACCAUGAAGGACAUAUUUGGAGUUAUAGGGGUAACUUCUGCCAAUAUGCUGAUUUUCAUUCUUCCUUCAUCAUUAUAUUUAAAAAUCACACAACAGGAUGGAGCAAAACAGAGUCAAAGGAUUUGGGCUUUUUUGUUCUUGGCAUUGGGAUUAGUAUUUUCCCUCGUUAGCAUUCCUUUGGUCAUCUAUGACUGGGUACACACAGGAGACAAGACUGAAGGCCGUUAAAGUCAACCUCAUACUGAAAAUACAUUCCCAUUUGCUACUCACCAAAAUCCCUAUCAACCUGGUUGCUGUCUUUUUCGUUCUUUGUGAGUUUACGCAGAUCAAAUCCAAAUAAUUAAAUACUGGUAUGGAAAAUAUUUAUAUAGAUGUAUCUUCUUGCAGAAAAUUGACCUGUUGUCCUAACAGAAAUACCAGUUUGUCUCAUACCAUUGAAUUCUCAGAUACUUACAUUUGUGCAGAUUCUCCGUAAGACUUCAUAGGCAUUGUCCAUUUGGUACUGAUCAUAAUGAACGUAUGUUUACUCUUCUGGCCAUGAAUUGUAUUUUUCCAUUAUUAAUCCUUUAUUAGUUAAAAUAAUAAUCUUUACUCCUUUGAAACAAGCAAUAUUUGUUUACAAUCCAAGCUCUGGAAUAAUAACCCCCCCAAGGUGUCAGCUCAUACCUCCUCCCUCUUUCACCAAAACUCUGUUCUUAAACUUUGCAUUUUAGAUCUGAUUUUUUUUCAUUAUUAGUUUGUAAACCCUUUUACCUUAGGAGGUGUAGCAUUCCAGAGUGCUUGAAUGAAAAGCACGAUGAAAGCAUUGAAUGGCGUUGGAUAAUAGUAGGUCCUAAACACAGUACUUACUCUUUGUAAGAUUCCCUUGGAGCAUCAGCACAAGGUUUUUUGUUUUCUUCUUCUUGUUAUUCCUGUUGUUGUUUUAGUAGGGAGGAUUCAACACCAGCUGUCCACUCCAUAUCACUUACCUACUGUUCCUUUUGAAACUAAGCAAGAAAGAUACUUGGCAUAGACCAAUGAACAUUUGAAACUAAGAACAGAUCAAGCUAAUUUAUUUAUGGAAAGAGUCAAAAAUACUAAUUUUCCUCAAUAGAAACCAAUAUUUACUACUACUAAAAAGAGCAUCUGCUCUUCUAAGAAAAAAUGGCUAAUUCAUAGUUUCAUAGUAGCUAGGGUCAGGAGGGACCUGAACAGAUCACAGGAAUUCCAAUUACAUUCAAAGCCUUAAUCAUAAAUAAUAGCUUUUUCUUAGUUUUGAGUAUAGCUAAAGCUGACCGUGUAAAGACUGACACCCUUUCUAAUGCCAGUUUUCCUCUCAUUGAAAUCAGUAGUUUUACUGUAGUGAGAGCAGGCUUUGACCCUUAUACAAUCCUGGAUUUUUAAGGAGGAUCAGAAUCUUUGAUGUUUCCUUAAACAAACAUAACAUGGUUUAUAUAUGUAAAAAGCCUGGUUUAUAUUUUUAUCCAUUAAUUCUCCAUAAAAAAUUAAGAAAAUAGCUAUUAGUGUUAUUUGCAGAACCUUGUCUUGUACUUGUCCACAAAACUAACGUUUACAUACUGCCAUAUUGUUGGUUUAGAAAACAGCUGCUAAGGAAUCAAAUGAUAUACAGGUACUCUUUAUAAUCACAUUCAAAAUCAUUGCUAAUAAUAGUGUACUACCAGAGACACAGACUUGUUUAUGUUGAAUUGUGUGAAUCAAAGGGAGUCUGCUGUCUAGCUCUCAAAAGUCCAUGCCAGCUUCCUAGUGAUGGAACUAGUGGCUCACAAGAGUCCUGAACUAGGAUAUUCAAGAGCUGACCUCUUAGUAAGCUAUGUCUGCUGGUUUGUGAUAACUCUCAUUUUCAGUGGUUGUUUCAUUUUACACUCAUACUGUAAGUAAGGAGGAAAAAUGGUCAUUAGCAAUUUAUGGGUAUCAUGUGUCAUUCGUUUUUCUUUUUAAUGUAAGAACCUGACAUUUCAAGAUUCUGGGCUUCCUGUGAGCUGCUGAUUUGCCUCCAACUCCCAUUGCCUUGUCAUGUAUCACUUGAAAUCAUUAAGAGCUGAGAUCUUACAGCAGCUCACAGGAGGUUCUCAGGACCUUGAAGAUUGAUCUCUGGAAAACUAACUUUGGCCUUUGAAAAUAUCAUAGGUUACUGUGUUAUCUCACAGAAAUUCUGGGCCUUCUUCUGCCCAUUUCCUCUUCCUUUCCUCUUGUCUUUCUGCAACUAAUUAAUAAUAAGCAUUUUAGCCUGUUGAGUUGAUUGGGACUGUGACAGAAGAGAGAGUUGUGAUUUCGAAGGCACACAUGAAAGUUAGGAGCUCACCUGAGAGCCACUGUAAAAUGGAAACAAACAGUCCUUUGUACCUUUGAAAAUUUCUCCUAUUACUCUCUUUCCAUUUCCUGACUCAGUUUGUUUGCAUACUGCAGUCUUAUUAGAUGAGAUAAAAAUAAGAAUCAGUAAGACAGAAGGAAAUUCCCCUAGGCACAGGACCAUCAGGGCCUAUCCACCACUUGCAUACUGAUAUUAGGCUCCCAAAAUAGGCUUGCACACGACUCAGUCCUUAAAUAAGCCUUUGUGCUGGUCUUUUGUACAGGGAUGAAUAUCACCCAUGUUACUGAUAUCAUAUAUAUAUAGAUAUUUAUGAAAGGGAGUCAUGUUUAUUGAUGUCUGUGAUAAGAAAAAUGUGAAGUAAUAAGCUUUUUAUUUUCUCAUCAGGUUUUUACAGUGGGGUCUGCAUUCUGUUAAGAAUGUAUCUGUUGACAUCAGUGAUGGAUGACAUUAUUUGUAUGAAGUAAUCUGUAAAAUGUACUGCUAUUAUUCAUUUUGUUUGGAAUAGUGAACUUGAAGCCAUCAAAUGUACAAGCCUCUCAUUUAGCUAGGAAUUUAAGAGCACAGUACAAUGCUAUAUACAAGUUUCUCUGUUGUUAAAUCAGUAGGAUCAAAAAUACCAUAUCUACUUAGCUGGUGGCACCAUGCUGUCCUUUUAGAGAGAGUUUGUCACUAUUGUGAUCACUGCAGAUUUCAUAGAUUGGGUGUAAAACUACUUCUCGUAACUAUAACAGAAUAUUUUACAUUGAUAAUUUUCUUAAGAACAGCAAUUUGGCAAUGAGAGGCAGGGAGAAAAUUGUUGUGAGAAUGGAUUCCUUGUCAUAUCAGAGGACCCCAUCCUGAGCUGAAGUUGUACCAAAUUGCAUCAGCUGAGAAUCAGACUCAUGUUUUUUUCUGCUUUUGGUCUGGAUAAGCACUUCAUUGACAAUGACAGAAGUGAAAAGGAAGCUACCUUUUGCCCUGCCCUGUAAUGAACACAAUAGAUAACAUAAUGUAACAAAUUGCCAUCAUGGGUCUAGUUUCUUGGAAGUAAUAAUGUCCUUGGAGGAAGUUCACCUUUGUGCAGAGAUCCUGGCAGGAGAUCAGUGCACCAGUGAAGCUGUCUCUUCACUCACCAGUGCGCGUACAGCAGUGCAUUCACACUGGUCUUCUGCAGAAAGGAAAAGUCUCGCCCAUUGAGGUCUGCUCCAGAAGGUUGGUUUUCUGAGCUUAGUAAGAAUAUAUAGAUUGUGUUUCCUUCUAACAGGCCGCACGUGUGAUUGUAGCUUUGUUAAUGUGUGUGGAAAUGGUAAGGGUUCCACCUCUACAUCUGCCUUAUAUGAUACAUAAGCACCAGACAUACUUAGGGUGCUACACUAAUAACAUCUAGUGAAAGAUCCGCCCAAGAAUAGAAGCUAGGGCUGGUGUGGUUAAGGCACACUGGUUUCCGUUGUGAACAGUAUACAAGAAAUGUGGCUGGCAUCAUGUCUAGGUGCCUUUGACGCUCCAGCCCAAAUGACCAGCUGCACAUUUUCUGGGUCAGCUGGGAGCAUCCUUCGAUGCAAGUUCAGUACAAGGCUCAACCUCAAACCUCUAGGGCUGUGAUUGUCAACUAUAGUUCCCUGGCGCCCUGGGUGCUGUGAGAUCCUUUGUAGGAUUCCACACAAUAUUAGCACUGUUAGGUGUCCAGACACCUAAACAUGAUUCACAAGAUAAACCCAGAGAUUUCAAAUAGUAUUCCACAGUGUCAAACAUUCUGACUUGUGGUCUUUCUGAGUUCUUCAUAACAGAAUUGCUCAAUUAUUUUCUAAUAGUCAGAAAAAUGAGUGAAAUAUAGUUCUUGAAAUGGGGUACCACUAAAUUCAGCAGAGUUAUGGAGUGGGGCCUGGAAUCCACAGAGGUUGAGAAUCACUGCUUUUGUGAGAUGUCUUACCUGCUCUGCCACCCACCCCCUAGCCUCCCUUCAGUCAUUACAGCUGAGAGUUGGAACCUAGUAAGAUUAAAAAGCAUCUUGGCAAAAGAGAAAACGCAAAAAACUUCCCAUUCAAAACUGUCCCAACCCCACUUCCAAAAUUCCAUCCCUGAUGUGCUCAGGACACAGGCACAACAGAAUGUAUUUUAUCUCAUCAGAGAUACCAAGAAAUGGUUUUAUAUCCUGUUACCAAGAGCUCAAACAAAAAUUUCCAAGAGCACUUGGCUUCAGGAAAACCUUUUCCCUACAAUAUGCACAAAGAAUGUUUUAUUUGUAUCAAAAUGUAAGGCUUUCCACUAUAAACUGUGAAAAAGAAGAUUUAACAGAGUACAAGGCUGGAAAGGUUGGAACAUUCACAUAUUGUACACAUGCCUGUUUAUAGUUCUAAAGAAGAAUCUAUGCAGUUAUGUUUUAUUGUAGAAAAUGUCAUUUUUGUUUGUGUAUAUAUUGUAAAUAAAUAGGAUGCUGUAUAUUUUUGCAGUUGUUUAUCCCCUCUGAAAUAGAAGUGAUCAGUUAGUCUCUGCAUAUUAACAAAAAUAGUUGUUUUUAUCCAAAUUGAAAUACAGGUUUCCCUCGCUUUAUGCGGGUUUUGUAUGUGUGAAUUCGCUCUUAUGCGAUGACCCUUUUAUAGCGAAAAUUCAUUAUGUGAUUGGUGUGGUGGAAACCCACUGCUCAGGGCAGCUGGUGCCCAUGUUUCUGCAGCUGCCCCGGGAGUGGUGUGACAUCACGUGCGUCCCCAGGGCAGGGUGCUGCUCCCAGGGCAGCUGCAGCUGGGCACAAAGUGCAGCAGCAGCGGCCUGUCUGCUGUUGGUUAGUACCAAAAUUGUCUGGUAAAAGUGGUAGAAAUGGGUCUGGGGUUCAGUACAGUUGAGCUCUUGGAACGUAUCCCUAUUUGUUACAUUUUAAAGUGGGUUCCCUUUAUGUGAAUUUGGGUUAUGUUCCGUUUUCCAGGAACACAUGUACAGCAUAAAGUGAAGGAAACCUGUAGAAAUAUUAGAACUGCAGCUUCAGACUUGGCAAAAUUACAUCUAUCCCUUUAUCUUUUAACAUAGGUGUCUCAAGUACACAUACUAUAGUGAUAUUAUUCAGUGUAUCAAAAAAUUGCCACAAUUUUUCGGUAUAGUCCAAUGAGUUUGCUAGAAUUAAAUUCCAAAGCCUGUAUUGUUUUUUCUCAAUAGCAGAUUAUCCAAACAGUAUUCACAUUGGGUAAAUUUACUCCACAUGCACAGGGCGUCCAUGACACAAAUUCCUUUCUUAGGUCAUUAGUGAGGAUCAAGUGGAACGUAAGGGAUAAGCCAGUCUCAUGGUGGCCCUGUACAAAGUGGCAAAUUUCACCCUUGGACAUGGCAUGCUUGAGAAACAGGAACUGUAGAAAAAUACAAUUAAUACUGCAUACAAUGCUCUUACUGUAAACACUGGAAUAUGUAUUAUUCAGUAUUUAUUUAAAAAUAGAGAUUGAGAAACGGGUCUAACAAUAUUUAUUUUCCAAGCUUACUAUGUAGCCUUGGAUAAAGACAAAACUUGAAGUAGCAUUUGUUUUCAAACACGAGCAUAAAUUGGGAGGGAAAUGUGUAAGUCGCUUUUACAGAGCUUUGUAAAUUACCACGUGUUUACAUCUUGUUUUCAGUGUUGUAGACAACAAAAUACAAACUGUAAAAGGUUUUUUUCAACAAGACUUGAACUGUAGAUUGUUUAUAUCAUUCCAUUUUCUAGAGUCCCAGUGUACGUUCAGGUUCACCCAACUCCAGUUCAAACACUACUGUUUGAGUGAUGUAUACCUGAUAUGAAUUAAUUUUGAAUGGAUUAUUCAAAUCCAUUGUUGCUCCUGUUAAUGUCACCAUACUUUGUGCUGUUCAUAUUAAAAAUAUUCAAAUUGA